GUUGCUUUGAGGAGGAAACGAAAGAGAGGUCCCACUACGCUGAGUCUUACUUUUCGUUCCCCUGUUUCAGAUCUCAAGCAUAAUUCCAUUGGGUCAUUAGUCAAACCUCUAAACUAGAAUAUCUUGGGAGCCUGCUCUGCUUUGUUCUCUGUGAGUUGUUUUGAUUCAGAGAGAAAAGUGAGAGUUGAUGGGUACUGCUGAGAAUGAAACGGGUUUGUCUGGGAUUCCAUUCGGAACCAAGAACAAAUACACUGAGCUCACAAAGGUUGAUGAUGAUGAUGGUGAAGAUGCUUCACACCAUCAUCAUCAACAAAAAAGGAGUGCAAGUACCAGGAAGUAUGUCUUUGCUUGUGCCAUCUUUGCCUCCCUCAACUCUGUUCUUCUUGGCUAUGAUGUAGGUGUGAUGAGUGGGGCAAUCAUAUUCAUUCAAGAAGAUUUGAAGAUAACCGAGGUACAGGAAGAAGUUCUUGUUGGGAUUUUGAGCGUUGUUUCGAUUUUUGGUAGUUUAGCUGGUGGUAGAACAUCAGACAUUAUAGGUAGAAAGUGGACAAUGGCAUUAGCUGCUCUUGUCUUUCAAACAGGUGCAGUUGUAAUGACACUUGCUCCUUCAUUUGAAGUGCUGAUGAUUGGAAGACUCUUGGCCGGCGUUGGCAUCGGGUUUGGUGUCAUGAUUGCCCCGGUUUAUAUUGCUGAGAUAUCACCCACCAUUGCCAGAGGCUCACUCACCUCAUUUCCUGAAAUUUUUAUAAAUCUCGGAAUUUUGCUGGGCUAUGUUUCAAACUAUGCAUUUUCUGGUCUUCCAGCACAUAUAAACUGGAGGAUAAUGCUCGCAGUAGGAAUUCUGCCUUCAAUUUUCAUUGGUUUUGCACUUUUCAUAAUCCCCGAGUCCCCCAGGUGGUUGGUCAUGCAGAACCGCAUUGACGAGGCAAGAUCAGUGCUGAUGAAAACAAAUGAGGAUCAAAGUGAGGUGGAGGAGAGACUGAAUGAAAUACAAGAGGCUGCUGGAAAUUCCAAUGCAGACAAGUAUGAGGAGAAAAGUGUGGCGCGUGAACUGUUGAGUCCUUCCCCUUCACUUCGUAGGAUGCUGAUCACUGGUUUUGGAAUUCAAUGUUUUCAACAGAUAACAGGAAUAGAUGCAACAGUGUAUUACAGCCCUGAAAUCUUCAGACAAGCUGGUAUCGAGGAUAAAUCGAAUCUACUUGCUGCAACUGUUGCUGUGGGCGUCGCCAAGACUGCUUUCAUAUUGGUGGCUAUUUUGCUUAUUGACAAGCUUGGAAGAAAGCCCUUGCUCUAUAUCAGCACAAUCGGAAUGACAAUCUGUUUAUUCUGUUUGGGAAUUAGUCUCUCUGUACUAGGGAAGGGACCUAUUGGAAUUGCAUUUGCCAUUUUGUCAGUUUGUGGAAAUGUAGCCUUCUUCUCUGUUGGAAUUGGCCCUGUUUGCUGGGUUGUAACAUCCGAAAUCUUUCCUCUAAGGUUGCGUGCUCAAGCAUCAGCGCUUGGAGCUGUGGGUAACAGGGUCUGCAGUGGCCUAAUUGCCAUGUCUUUUCUCUCAGUUUCUGAUGCGAUUUCAUUUGGCGGAACAUUCUUCAUCUUUUCUGCAAUAUCAGCUCUUUCUGUUUUGUUUGUCUACAGACUUGUCCCAGAAACUAAAGGAAAGUCAUUGGAACAGAUUGAGCUUCUUUUUCAGACUGAUGAACUUGGAUGGGAAGGAGGUCAAGUUGAACUAGGAGAUGUCGAGCACCUUGUGCAAAAAGAAUGAUCCAUUUACAAAGCUGAGGAACCAAAUCUUCCUUGUCUUGAGCCAGUUUGAUAGAGGAUACAGACUAUUCAUUAUCGACAACUUUCAUACAACUGUUGGUUCUAUUGUGACUGAAUUGCACUACGCAGAUACGUUGCUUGUACAGACAGUUCUCUCCAACCGAAUAAGGCAGCUACCGCAGGGAGCACAUGAAUUAGAAACUAUUGUUUUUGUUUCUUUUUUGUAAGGGGCAGUACUGCUUCGUCUUGAAAGAUAUAAAACUCGUCAUAUGUUUUUUUUCUUUCUUUU